AUGGAGCGCAAAAUGGAAGAAGGAGAACCGAGCAGUAAAAGACAGCGAGAGGUUGAUGGUGAUGAGCGUGAACGAAAAGUAAUUGUGGUUGAAUCAGAUAGUGAUGAAGAUAAAGCCAUAAUUGAGGAAGAAGGUGGGACUGAAGAAGAAGGCGAGAGUGAGGCAGAUGAUGAAACUGAUGAAGAGCCUAAAAACAGUGGUUCUGAUUUUGGAAACUAUUCUGAUGAUGAUGAUGACAAUGAUAGUGGUUUUGAUUCUGAUUUUGGGAACCACUAUGAAGUUGAGGGAACAAGUGAGGAUUCUGAUAUGUAUGCAAUGAAAAGUCCAUGA